AACGCGAAUAACUUAUUUGUGCUCCCUCUUUUCUUCACUGACGUUUUCACCCUCUAUUUCGUCCUAUUGCGCCUUUUUAUAUAUUUUGUUUCUUGUACAAUAAGCUGAUCUCUUCUAACUGCUACAACAACACAGUCUAUUUCUCUAAAAACGAAAAAUCGUUCCAAUUAAUUUUCCCUUGUGAACUCCAUUUUUCGACAAAUCCGUAAUUUGAAAAACGUCUUCAAAUGCAAGGCAUCUAUUCCGCCAUUUACUCAGGUGUGCCUGUGUAUGAAAUGACAGCCAAUGGUAUAGCCGUGAUGCGGAGAAGCGAGGAUGCGUAUCUGAAUGCAACGCAGAUCCUCAAGGUGGCAGGCAUCGAGAAGGGCAAGCGAACCAAGAUCUUGGAACGAGAAGUGCUCACGGGCGAACACGAAAAAGUGCAAGGUGGUUACGGCAAAUAUCAAGGCACUUGGAUUCCUCUGAAUAAAGGAAAGGAACUCGCCAAACGAUAUCAGGUGUCGGACAUCUUGGCACCGUUGUUGGAAUAUAAUCCACCGCGGCCCAACAGUAAUCAGCAAGACGAAAUACCCACAAAAGAGGAAGUCAUUGCUGCGCUACGUAAACACCACAGUCGAGAAAACUUGCUCAUUUCAUCUUCGCAGCCACCAUCCACCUCCUCGUCGCCUUAUGCUCCAUCCACGUCACGCUCCGUGUCUUAUCAACAACAUAAAUCACCAUUGACGCCGUCUGUUGCUGCGCCAAUUCAAUCAUCCUCCUCCUAUUCGCAACAAAAACAUCCUUCCUCUUUGGUAGCGGAAGAAAAUCAGCUCAAACGCAAGAAAAUGCGAGUGGAACCCACCCUUGAUUACAUUGAAAACAAUUCGCUCAACGAUGCCCAUCGCGACAUUCUCAUCACCAUUUACAAGGCAGACGACCCUGAUCGAGUGGCCGCGUACUUGCAAGAUAUCAAGCGGAAUCCUGGCGCGACCGCCGAUACCAUUCUCGAUAAACAAGGCAACACGGCGCUUCAUUGGGCAGCGGCUUUAGGCCGAUUCCAUACUGUGGAGCGAUUAAUUUCCAUGGGUGCCAAUAUAUGUCAGCUGAACAAUGCGAACGAGACGGCCUUGAUCCGAGCAUCAAUGACAACGCACUGUUACAAUAACAACUGUUUCGAUAAAAUCUUGGAUCGACUGUAUCAAUCGAUGCAAUUGGUGGACAAGAGACGAAGGACCAUCCUACAUCAUAUUGCGCUCACGGCCGGUAUCGAAGGACGCAGCGUUGCAGCCAUGGUAUACAUGCAAGAGGUUCUCCGUUACAUGGAUAUUCAUCGACCAAUGAUCUCUCUAUUGGAUCUACAAGACGAUGCUGGCGAUACAGCGCUUAAUAUUGCUGCGCGAUUGGAACGUUGGAAUAUUGUUGAUAUGCUUCUGCAGGCAGGUGCAACCGAUGAAGUCGAGAAUAAUAUUGGAUUAAAAUCCAAAGACUAUGAAAAGGGCGCUUCACUGGAGAAGCGAGACUCCAUUGACAGUGGAGGUGGGGAUGAACGUCCAACUUACGAGCAAAGCCAUCAGACCAAACGUUCCUCGGGAUUGUCACAACGAGGACUUGAAAUUGUAUCCACUGUGCAAAAAAUAGUUGACGCUUUAGAUGAAGAGUAUGGUGGCCAAUUGACGACAAGAGAACAGGAACUACAGCAGACAGAAGACGAAAUUAAAAGCAUAUCGCAACAGCUCGAGCAAGCGAGAAAGCAGCUAGAGAAAAGACAAUCACAAUCACAGCAGUUGGCGGAAGUGGAACAGAAAAUUCGCAAUCUCCACCUAGCGCUACAAAGUGGAUUGAAACAUCUGGAAGAACUUAAACAGAAUUCCAGCCAAGACUCCAACCAAGAGCUCACGUUUGAAAAGAUUGAUGCGAUCGAUCCGGAAGAGAAUAUCGAUGCCGUGUUUGCACUACCGGAUAUGGUGAACCGCGCGGCGAUGGAGUCAUUGUCGGCGACGCAGUUACACCAGAUGGCGCAAAAGUUGCGAGCCCGAGUAACGGCUUAUGAACGCAAUGGUCAAGAUCUGCAAACCGAAGCGGAUCGUUUGCGAGCGCAAUCGGCAGAAAAGGAACUCCAGUGCAAGAAACUGAUUGCCGCCUGCUGCAAUCUUCCUAUUGACAAAAUUGAUGAGCUCGUGGAACCACUAACACUGGCUAUUGAGAGCGAUCCGCCUGAUUUGGAUCUCGCUCGAGUGAUUGGGUUUAUGGAGAAAAUUCGACGUCAGGGUGCUUUUACGGACACCGCGUCUGAGCCUGGCAGCACGGCUCGAUCUGGUAAUACCACUAUUUAUGGCCAUUCCGAUUACGGCAAUUCUUCCCAGACUGGCAACCUUUCUAGAGUAGGAUAUUGAUCUCAUUAUUCUUGUUCUUACAUUCUCAUCAUUUGUAUACAGUUUCAGUCACAAGAAAUCUAGCGCUUCUCCCCAAAGAAUUGUUUGACGGCAGUUAAUAUAACACAUUAUAAAAAUAAAUAUGACGUCGAUUGAGGGAGCU